AUGGAGACUAUGUACUCGCAAAUGCUACAUGACCACUCGCAAGUAGCUGGUGUGCCGCAAGAGCGACAGCUAUUGAUCCUUCAGCUUGUGACCCAUGCCUCUCGCCCAUUGCGCCUACUAGAAAUUGCCACGGUACUGGACUUUUUGAACAAGAAUGAGGACAGGGCUCGACAUGGCGAUACCGAAAAUAUGACUCGGAUGUCCUGCGGUCCCCUUUUGGAGAUUCUGGAAGAUGAGACGUUCGUGACGGCGUGUUUCCAGUAA